UUUCACCCCCAGUGGGAGCCUAGAAGAACCUACCGCUUACCCUCAUCGCUAUUCUCCGAUAGGUCACAACUGGAGCUCUUCCGCCGUAGCCGAUACAGCGUCUUAAGUCCGCAAGUUGUUGUGCUUGUGACACCUCCAAUUCUGGUAAGCUUUCGGUCUUUUACUCACCCGGUUCCGGGAUGCGUCUUCAAGACCCUGAAUUAGGUGUCAAAGCAAACGUUGAGGAAUCACUCUUCAGCUUAUAUGGGGCGUCUAUCCACAUUCGGGUGUACGGGUGGCUGUUCCUGCAAAUUCACAUUCGCUACAGCAUGCAGAUGGAGUAGAUGUCAGCACUUCGCCGCAAGCUCUUCCUUGAGAAGAGCCACUCAACAUUCUAGGGUCUAUCCUACUGUAAUCAUUUUCGGUCGCCUCACCCUUCAUUCAAGAACUCAGUUUGCCUCACGUACAGGUACCUUUCUUUAUAGCGGCAAUAGUCUUCUCAUCCCGCAUCCCAACACCCCACGCCGGCCGGGAAAAACCCUUUCCCUCCGCGCCCCAGAAUAUCUCCACACAGUAUCCACUUGUCUAUACCAGGAAAAGAAGCCCGCGGCUCAACAGCGGCAGAUGAACAGGUUACUAGCUUUCCGCGAACCCACCAAGUGGAUCUAUCACCGUGGCUAUGUAACCUCACGGCGCUGUAUUUCGCGCAUCUGUUACAAACGGCAAUUCGUCUUGUCGCAAAUAGAUUGUCCGAGCAUGUUCGCUACAACAUACGACUUCAAUCUGUGCCAAGUCGAUGGCAAAGUCGAAGAAGAGAUGUCCGGAAUAGAGACUUGAUUUACGGCUUACCAUUCGCAGCUCCUGCAUGCUGUUGUAUGACUUGCAUAAUGUUACGCAGCUGCUGACGCAACACCAAGUCCUCUUUUUGUGCUGAUUUCAAGUUUCACACAACCGGUAUUGAGUGUGCAUGCGAGAAUGUGUAUACCGAUGUUCGGGCGAGAGAUAGGGUUUCGACCUGGGGUGUGGAGGUUAUGCCUGAUUGAUCAACCUAGGGAGCAGGUGAUGGUAUGACGGCAUGGCUUAGGAGCGGAAGUGGCCGCACAUAUCACACAGCGAGUCGCGGCCUACUUCGUCAUCAUGGAUAGA